CAAACACAAACAAAGUCUCCAAUACGAUCAGAAAAUUUUAUUUUUUCAGGAGUCAUGUCUCUAGAAAAAGAACUCGAGACCAAAAUCGUCCUGGGAGAGAAGCUAAUGUCAUCAUUGUCAGAAGUGUCUCAUGUAAGAGGCUGUCAAAAGCUUAUGAAGAGGCUACAGCAAGAAACUAAUUUUCUCCGGAAGGUGUUGGAGAAACAUGAUGUUAAAAAAGAACAUGUGAAAUGUACAAAUCUAGGACAUCUGGAGGCUUUAGUCAAUUGCAUUUUAGAGAACUGUGAUGGCUGUAAUGGAAUAUUAGAAACUCUAGAACUACGAACCAGUGAUGAAAGUAAAAGAGUAUGUGUUGAUGUUGUUGCUGACAAUGGCCGAACAUGGAUUAAGGUUGUUGCUCGUAAUCCGAAAGCACUUUCCCUUCUGUCAGCAGGUGAAGGUGAAUAUGGGCAAAGGACUGUAACUGACCAAGCCAAGGAAUUUCUUGCCUGCGCUUCUCAACAUCCAUUUCAUUUCAAAGCUCCUAAGGUCGCCUUUCACUUUGCCAAUGGAAUAGAAAUCCCUUUAGCUACUUCUUUGGAAAAAUUGGGUUUAGAAGUCAGGGGAAAUCGCAUAGGUAAAGCUCAAUGUCUUCAUGAAGAUGACUCCUGCGAUUCUGACUUCGAUGCAAGCUCUGACGAAGAUUGUGAAGGUGAUUGUGACAGCAGCUUUGAAAUUGAUGAAUAUCCCUGUUGCGGAGAGGAGGUUGGCAGCAGCUCCAGACAAGCGGACAGAUUAAAUCUUGAUGUAACUGCCAUGAUUGCCUAUGUGUCUUCACUGACCAAUGGUGGAUGUCACUACAAAUUCAAGGAGCCUUUGCUGACACAGCAAGCGGAAUGGGAAAGAAAACGGCCAGCCAAACCCCUGCUCGAUCAAAUAUUCCAAGGGAGAACUCUAUAUUGCUGUAGCACAGCACAUAAGGAUUUCAGAAACAUCAUUGAAACUUUGGGAGGUCCAGCUGAAAAAGAGAGAGCAGAAUUACUCUUGAAGCGUGUUAAUGUAGUUCCUGACAAAAUGUCAAGGAGAACUGAACAAUACUUACGAGAAGGUGGGAAGGUGAAACCAAGAUCCAGAAAGAUAUUUGGCACAGGGGAUGAACUUCGUGCCAUCACAGUCACAGCUAAUGAAGGUUUUGUGAGAGCUGCAAAAUCGCAGGGUGUCUCUUAUGCUGUUCUAGUCCACGAAUCCCGAGCUCUGUCAGAGAGUAAAGAAGCUUAUGCUGAAUCUUUAUGAAAUGUUUUUAACUAUUUGUAAGUAAUUUUCAGAGUGGGCUUGAAUGAUAUUAAUUGUUGUUUCUUUUUGUGAAUGUUAAAUGGAAACAAAUGUGCUGUCCUGUUUUGCUGUGUUCAUUACCUGUUCAUAAAAUGAAAACAGUAACAUCUAUUUUUUAUAUGUACAGUGUACAAAUAUUAACUGAAAAAGAUUGCUUGUAAUAGUCAAUUAUGAUUUUGAAUAAUUUUAAAUUAACUUCUCUUCUUAUUCUGUCAGGGUAUUUGUGCUAAUCAAUGAGGAUGUGAUAAUUAUCUCCAACCAAAGUGAAAUAAAAAUAUGUUUGUUUUGAUAAACUAA